CCCGCAGACAGCGAGCCGGCCGCGGCGCCUCCAGGAAGCCGGCGGGGCAGGUCGGAGAGGAGGGAAAAGAGCCGAGAAACUCUCCGGCAGAAGAUGGCGCCGGACGGGCCGGCCGAGGACUGAGAGCCGCCGGGACCUGCCGCCCGCCCCGGGCACCGCGUCCGGGCUCGGCCCGGCCGGCGCAGUCAUGUCGGUCAGCGAGCUCUACAGCCAGUACACAAGGGUCUGGAUCCCUGACCCCGAUGACGUGUGGCGCUCCGCUGAAUUAACCAAGGACUACAAGGAGGGGGACAAGAGCCUCCAGCUCCGACUGGAAGAUGAAACUAUUCAGGAGUACCCCAUCGAUGUCCAAAACAACCAACUUCCCUUCCUGCGGAAUCCAGAUAUCCUGGUGGGAGAAAAUGACCUAACUGCCCUUAGCUAUCUCCAUGAGCCUGCAGUUUUGCAUAAUUUAAAGGUCCGCUUCCUGGAGUCCAACCAUAUCUACACUUACUGUGGUAUCGUGCUUGUUGCCAUUAAUCCUUAUGAUCAGUUGCCAAUCUACGGUCAAGAUGUCAUCUAUGCCUACAGUGGCCAGAACAUGGGGGAUAUGGACCCCCACAUCUUUGCUGUGGCAGAGGAAGCCUACAAGCAGAUGGCCAGAGACGAGAAGAACCAGUCCAUCAUAGUCAGCGGGGAGUCUGGAGCCGGCAAGACGGUGUCGGCCAAGUAUGCCAUGCGCUACUUCACCACGGUCAGUGGCUCGGCCAGUGACACCAACAUCGAAGAGAAGGUCCUGGCAUCCAGUCCCAUCAUGGAGGCCAUCGGGAAUGCUAAAACCACCCGCAAUGACAACAGCAGCCGUUUCGGAAAGUACAUUCAGAUCGGCUUUGACAAGAGGUACCGCAUCAUUGGCGCCAACAUGAGGACCUACCUGUUGGAGAAGUCCAGAGUGGUCUUUCAGGCAGACGACGAGAGGAAUUACCACAUCUUUUACCAGCUCUGUGCGGCUGCCAGUCUUCCGGAAUUUAAGGAGCUGGCGCUAACCUGUGCCGAGGACUUCUUCUACACGUCACAGGGAGGAAACACGGUCAUCGAGGGUGUGGAUGAUGCUGAGGACUUUGAGAAGACUCGACAAGCCUUCACGCUCGUUGGAGUGAGAGAGUCCCAUCAGAUAAGCAUUUUUAAGAUAAUUGCUUCCAUCCUGCACCUUGGAAAUGUGGAGAUUCAAGCCGAGCGCGAUGGUGAAUCCUGUAGAGUAUCACCUGAGGAUGAACACCUGAGCGACUUCUGCCGCCUGCUGGGCGUGGAGCGCAGUCAGAUGGAGCACUGGCUGUGCCAUCGCAAGCUGGUCACCACCUCGGAGACCUACGUCAAGACCAUGUCCCUGCAGCAGGUGGUCAACGCGCGCGACGCCCUGGCCAAGCACAUCUACGCCCAGCUGUUCCACUGGAUCGUGGAGCAUGUCAACAAGGCCCUGCACACCUCCCUCAAGCAGCACUCCUUCAUUGGAGUCCUGGACAUCUACGGGUUUGAGACGUUUGAGGUGAACAGCUUCGAGCAGUUUUGUAUCAACUAUGCCAAUGAGAAGCUCCAGCAGCAGUUCAACUCGCACGUAUUCAAGUUGGAGCAGGAGGAGUACAUGAAGGAGCAGAUCCCCUGGACCCUCAUUGAUUUCUAUGAUAACCAACCUUGUAUUGACCUCAUAGAAGCUAAGCUGGGCAUCUUGGACCUGUUGGAUGAAGAAUGUAAGGUCCCCAAAGGAACCGACCAGAACUGGACUCAGAAGCUCUAUGACAGGCACUCUGGCAGCCAGCACUUCCAGAAACCCCGCAUGUCCAACAAGGCCUUCAUUGUCAUCCACUUUGCAGAUAAGGUGGAGUACCUUUCAGAUGGUUUUCUGGAGAAAAACAGAGACACCGUGUAUGAAGAACAGAUCAACAUCCUGAAGGCCAGCAAGUUCCCGCUGGUGGCUGACUUGUUCCAUGAUGGCAAAGACUCUGCUCCUGCCACCACCACUUCUUCCAGGAUCAACAUUCGCUCCUCCAGACCCGCCGUGAAAGCCUCCAACAAGGAGCACAAGAAAACCGUGGGUUGCCAGUUCCGCUCCUCCCUGCACCUGCUCAUGGAGACACUGAACUCCACAACGCCGCACUACGUCCGCUGCAUCAAGCCCAACGACGAGAAGCUACCCUUCCAUUUUAACCCAAAGAGAGCGGUGCAGCAGCUCCGAGCCUGCGGCGUGUUGGAGACCAUCCGGAUCAGCGCGGCCGGCUACCCAUCCAGGUGGUCCUACCAUGACUUCUUCAACCGGUAUCGGGUGCUGGUCAAGAAGAGAGACCUCGCCAGCACAGACAAAAAGGCCAUGUGCAGGUCUCUGCUGGAGAGCCUCAUCAAGGAUCCUGACAAGUUCCAAUUUGGCCGCACCAAGAUAUUCUUCCGGGCGGGCCAGGUGGCCUACCUGGAGAAGCUUCGGGCUGACAAGUUCCGGGCGGCCACCAUCAUGAUCCAGAAAACCGUGCGGGGCUGGCUGCAGAAGGUGAAGUACCGCAGGUUGAAGGGAGCGAGCUUAACUCUGCAGAGGUACUGCCGAGGAUACCUGGCCCGCAGACUGGCCGAGCGUCUGCGGAGGAGCCGGGCGGCCGUGGUGCUCCAGAAGCAGUACCGCAUGCGGAGGGCCCGCCGGGCCUACCAGAGGGUACGCAGGGCCGCCGGCAUCAUCCAGGCCUUCGCUCGGGGCAUGUUCGUGCGAAGAAUCUACCACCAGGUCCUCAGGGAGCACAAGGCCACCGUCAUCCAGAAGCACGUGCGGGGCUGGAUGGCUCGCAGGCGCUUCCAGCGGCUGCGGGGCGCGGCCAUUGUCAUCCAGUGCGGCUUCCGGAGGCUCAAGGCCAAGCAGGAGCUGAAGGCCCUCAAGAUCGAAGCCCGCUCGGCGGAGCACCUGAAACGCCUCAACGUGGGCAUGGAGAACAAGAUAGUCCAGCUGCAGCGGAAGAUCGACGACCAGAACAAAGAGUUAAAGACGCUGUCGGAGCAGCUGUCAGCAAUCACCUCCACACACGACAUGGAGGUGGAGAAGCUGAAGAAGGAGCUGGCCUGCUACCAGCAGAACCAGGGUGAGGACAGCGGUCCGCAGCUGCAGGAGGAGGUGGAGAGCCUGCGGACCGAGCUGCAGAGGGCCCACUCAGAGCGCAAGGUCCUGGAGGACACCCACACCCGGGAGAAGGAUGAGCUGAGGAAGCGAGUUGCAGACCUGGAACAAGAAAAUGCACUCUUGAAAGAUGAGAAGGAGCAGCUUAACAACCAGAUCCUGUGCCAGUCUAAAGAUGAUUUUGCCCAGAAGUCUGUCAAGGAAAACCUCGUGAUGAAGAAGGAGCUGGAGGAGGAGCGCUCCCGGCAUCAGAACCUCGUGAAGGAGUAUUCCCGGCUGGAGCAGAGAUACGACAACCUUCGGGACGAGAUGACCAUCCUGAAGCAAACCCCAGGCCACCGGAGGAACCCGUCAAACCAAAGCAGCUUAGAAUCUGACUCCAAUUAUCCCUCCAUCUCCACGUCUGAGGUCGGAGACACAGAGGACACCCUCCAGCAGGUGGAGGAAAUUGGCCUGGAGAAGGCGGCCAUGGACAUGACUGUCUUCCUGAAGCUGCAGAAGAGGGUGCGAGAGCUGGAGCAGGAGAGGAAGAAGCUGCAGGUGCAGCUGGAGAAGAAAGAACAGCAGGAUGGCAAGAGAGUCCCGGCGGAACAACCAAGCAAUGACACAGAUUUGGACCAGGAUGCAGAUCUAGCCUACAACAGUCUGAAGAGGCAGGAGCUGGAGUCGGAGAACAAGAAGCUGAAGAAUGAGCUGAACGAGCUGAGGAAAGCCGUGGCCGACCAAGCCUCAGAGCACAGCCCCGCUGCCGCUGGCACCCCCGACAGCUACAGCCUCCUGCUGAACCAGCUCCGGCUGGCCAACGAGGAGCUGGAGGUGCGCAAGGAGGAGGUUCUCAUCCUGCGGACCCAGAUCGUGAGCGCCGACCAGCGCCGCCUGGCGGGCAAGGGCUCGGAGCCAAACAUCAACGCCCGAACCAGUUGGCCGAACAGCGAGAAGCAUGUGGAUCAGGAAGAUGCCAUCGAGGCCUAUCACGGGGUCUGCCAGACUAACAGGUUGCUGGAGGCCCAGCUGCAGACCCAGAGCCGCGAGCACGAGGAGGAGGUUGACAAUCUCAAGACCCAGCUGGAGGCCCUGAAGGAGGAGAUGGACAGGCAGCAGCAGACCUUCUGCCAGACCCUGCUGCUCUCUCCAGAGGCCCAGGUGGAGUUCGGCGUCCAGCAGGAGAUGUCCCGGCUCACCAACGAGAACCUGGACCUUAAAGAGCUGGUUGAGAAGCUGGAGAAGAAUGAGAGGAAGCUCAAAAAGCAACUGAAGAUUUGCAUGAAGAAGGUCCAGGACCUGGAAGCUGCCCAAGCCUUGGCCCAGAGCGAGAGGAAGCGGCACGAGCUCAACAGGCAGGUCACGGUGCAGCGGAAGGAGAAGGACUUCCAGGGCAUGCUGGAGUACCACAAGGAGGAUGAGGCCCUGCUCAUCCGGAAUCUGGUGACAGAGUUGAAACCACAGGCGCUGGCGGGCGCGGUGCCCUGCCUCCCGGCCUACAUCCUCUACAUGUGCAUCCGGCACGCGGACUACGUGAACGAUGACCUCAAGGUGCACUCCCUGCUGACCUCCACCAUCAAUGGCAUCAAGAAGGUCCUCAAGAAGCACAACGAGGACUUUGAGAUGACAUCAUUCUGGUUGUCCAAUACCUGCCGCCUCCUGCACUGCUUGAAGCAGUACAGUGGGGAUGAGGGCUUCAUGACUCAGAACUCUGCAAAGCAGAAUGAGCACUGUCUUAAGAACUUCGACCUCACUGAAUACCGCCAGGUGCUGAGCGAUCUUUCCAUUCAGAUCUACCAGCAGCUCAUUAAGAUCGCCGAGGGUCUCUUGCAGCCUAUGAUAGUGUCAGCCAUGCUGGAGAACGAGAGCAUUCAGGGUCUGUCCGGGGUGAAGCCCACGGGCUACCGGAAGCGCACAUCCAGCAUGCCGGAAGGAGACAACUCGUACUGCCUGGAAGCCAUCAUCCGCCAGAUGAACUCCUUCCACACGGUCAUGUGCGACCAGGGCCUGGACCCCGAGAUCAUCCUGCAGGUGUUCAGACAGCUUUUCUACAUGAUCAACGCGGUGACGCUCAACAACCUGCUUCUGCGGAAGGACGUCUGCUCCUGGAGCACAGGCAUGCAACUCAGGUACAACAUCAGUCAGCUGGAGGAGUGGCUUCGGGGAAGAAACCUGCACCAGAGCGGGGCUGUUGAGACCAUGGAGCCCCUGAUUCAGGCUGCCCAGCUCCUGCAGUUAAAGAAGAAAAGCCCCGAGGACGCUGAGGCCAUCUGCUCCCUGUGCACCGCACUCAGCACCCAGCAGAUUGUCAAAAUUUUGAACCUUUAUACCCCUCUGAAUGAAUUUGAAGAACGGGUGACAGUGGCCUUUAUACGAACAAUCCAGGCACAACUGCAAGAUCGGAAUGACCCUCAGCAGCUGCUGUUAGACUUCAAGCACAUGUUUCCCGUUUUGUUCCCAUUUAAUCCAUCUUCUCUGACCAUGGACUCAAUCCACAUCCCAGCAUGUCUCAAUCUGGAGUUCCUCAAUGAAGUCUGAAAAUGCACGUGCCAAAGCUCUUUUGCCAGUGAGAGCACGAAGGAAGUAUAUAGGACAGUAAAGUGAACUUAAGAAUCUGUUAAAAAUCUAUAAAACUAGAUCAAAUCAGAGUUUGAGAGCCUGUGCAGAGUGAACUAUACAGAAUAAGACACAUCUGUCAUUAUAUUUUGUACCUACUGCUCCGAAUAAAAACACUUGAAAUAUGGAAGAUUUUUUUAAAGUAUGAUUUUGGUCUAAACAAAUUCACAUCAUAGUCCAUAGCCACCAAGCAGUCCCCAUGGCCAUAUAAAAGGUACCAGUCUAUAAAAUAGAAACUGCCUAGUUUUGAUCUUUGGACAUAACUGGAGAAUGUCCAAAGUAAGAUGACAUUAAAAAUAAUGUAAGUCAUAUAAACUGCCUCCAGAGGGCUUUUAACAAAUAAUGGUACUAAUAAGCAUGAUACUGUCACAUAGCAAGUGACAUUUCCCCACAUCAACACACUAUAGGUGUGGAUGAGUUUAUGAGAUGUUUUGAGGACAAAUAUAUAGACCUGGGCCUUCUGAGAAGUUUCCUGAAGAUAGUUUUAAUGCCUAGUGAUGCAGAGACAAUGGUGUAAUUGACCUCCAGACUAAACAGUUUGAUUAUUGGUUUCUGAAGUAAAAUUAGAAGACUUGGUCCCUAAUAUACUCAGACCCAUUUGUGUAGUCAUGAAUUUAUGCAGAACUGUGCUAAAUGUGCUAAAUUGUGCUACAUGCUGCAGUUCCAAACAUAAAAUGUAAGCAAAUAGAUACUAUUACUUCCAAUGCUGGUCCAUGCACUUCCUGAGUCAACAAAACUUUCAAAAAAAUCAAUAUAAUCUAAGUGUUAGAAAAUAGUAACAAAUCCUAUUAGAUUAAAAAUCAAACAAGUCAGUAUAAAAGCAUUUAAUCCCUUAAUGCCAUUAUACCUCCAAUAAGAGGUAUAAUUACAUAAUAUAUUAUGUAAUGCUCAUAGUAAGGAAAGCAAACUUCAUCUUGAGAAUCUGACAAUUUGAAAAUCCUUUUUAAAAAAUCAGUUCAGGUAUUAUUAAAUUAUUAUCCAAAAGUUUUGGGUGCUUGUGUGUGUGUGUGUAUGUGGUUUUUUUUCUUAAGAGAGAGAAUAGCUUAUGUCAACUUUCCCUUUUCAGGUUAUUUUCAACAUUUUUCAAAAUUACUACAAAAAAUUGUAAAUAUCUAUGCUUUAAAAUAAGGAUUUAAAAAAAGAGUAUUUAAUGAUAAUAUUACAACAGAUUUUAUGUGUUUACUGCUGGUUUCUUCAAUAGCAGGCAUUCAAUUAGAAAAUCCUACAUAUUGCGUAUAACCUUUUUUUACUAUUUUUUCACAUUUCUGGUAGAUAACAGUACGCUCCUCCCAUGACAGGAACAGAUGGUGUUUGCAAAUCAUAGAAGAGCCUCUAUGCUUGCAUCAAGAAGAUAAAAUUUCUCCACAAAGUACAAGUAGAACCCACAUACCCCACCACCUUUUUAUUCAGCCUCUCAACUUAAAAGGCUCUUAGAAAUACAACAAACUCCGAGAACUAAACAGUCCUGUGUGCGGAGCCCUCGCAGCUCAGCUUCCUUGUCAUUCUCCUCACCCCCUGGGCGGAAGAGGCACCACACCCAGACGAAGACACUGCCUAGCAGGUCCCAACCCAUGUCGUCAACAUGACCUCCACACUGAACAUCCAGACUCCUCUCGGGUGUCCACACAGAACUGUGUCUUCUCCUCCCUCCCCAGAUAAAGUCACACUAUAUGACAACCCUGACCCACACUCUUCAGCCCACAUGGUGACUACAUUUGGAAGGCCAGUCAAAACCAAUUGGGUCUAUGGCUACCUCUUUUUAAAAUUGUUUAUUAUGUAUAAUUCGCUUUUUACUGCAUUUUAGCUUAAAACUUAGUUUCAUGUAGGGCCUGUUCUUAACCUACUAGAGAAAAUGAAAUGCCUCAUUAGAGUGGUAAGGAAUUUGAAAAGCAGUGAUUCCUUAAAAGCAAUGGCUUCCCUGUCCUUGGAUGUGUUAAUUAGUUGCUCAGUCACGUCUGACUCUUUGUGACCCCAUGGACUACAUAGCCCUCUAGGCUCCUCUAUCCAUGGAAUUCUCCAGGCAAGAAUAUUGGAGUGGGUAGCCAUUUCCUUCUUCAGAGGAUCUUCCUGACCCAGGGACCAAGCUUCUUAGCUCAGCUGGUAAAGAAUCUGCAGCAAUGCAGGAGACCCUGGUUUGAUUCCUGGGUCAGGAAGAUCCCCUGGAGAAGGGACAGGCUCCCCACUCCAGUAUCCUUGGGCUUUCCUGGUGGCUCAGAUGGUAAAGAAUCCGCCCGCAAUGCAGGAGACCUGGGUUUGAUAUCCUGGAGAAGAGAACAGCUAACCACCCCAGUAUUAUGGCCUGGAGAAUCCCAUGGACAGAGGAGCCUAGUAGGCUACAGUCCCUGGGGUUGCAAAGAGCUGGACACGACUGAGUGACUUUCACUUUCUUUCCUGCAGGGCAGGCAGAUUCUUUACCGUGUGAGCCACCAGGGAAUUCCCUACGUGCCGUCUUAGACUCUCAUCUCUGCAUCCCUCUGGGUCACUACCUUUGCUGUCACUACCAGUGAUAUGACAGACCUAUCAGUGGUUAAUCACUGGGUGCCAAGGACUCACUGAAUAAAAGCUUGGCAAGUAGGAUAAAUGGGGUGGGGGAACCUUAUGAAUACUCCCCUACUAAGCCUAAGAAAUGGUAGAUUGAGUUCUCUUCCAAAGGUAAAGAUAUUUUACUGGAGCUGCAGUUUGUAUAUACUUAAUGACUCAGUAGGUAAAGAAUCUGCCUGCAGUGAAGGAGACACAGGAGAUGUGGGUUCAAUCCGUGGGUUGUGAAGAUCCCCCGGAGGAGGGAACAGCAACCCACUCCAGUAUUCUUGCCUGAAAAAUCCCAUGGAUAGAGGAACCUGGCGAGCUACAGUCCAUAAGGUCACAAAGAGUCAGGCAUGACUGAGCAACUAGGAAAAAAAAAAAAAAACUCUCUUUUACAGACACAAUAAUAUGUCUUAAUGUUACUUAAUGUUUAGAUCUGCCCUAUCUAACAUAACAGAGACUAGAAGAAGCAUCUUUAGUAAUCUUUAGUUAGCAUUUUUCUUAAGUCAUUUCAACACAUUUUCCAACUUCGUGAAAUCAAUGACUUAUAAUUUAAAUAAUUUAAUCCAACAUAAAGGUUUGAAUUCUAUGCCAGAUAUCUUUCUUUGUAUUUUAGUAUUUAAAAUUUAGUUGACACUUUUCUCACUAUGUGCCUUCAGCAGUUACUAAGAUAACUGACAUCAAUUAUCUGAAAUAAGUGUUGCUGUGGGAAGAAUUUUCAUGUUCAACAUAACAUUCUAGUGGUGUUUUUGUUCUGUCUUUUGAAACUAAAAAGCAUUUUAAAGAUUACUUAAGAAUCAAAUAUUUAUAGAUGAAACAAUUCGUGUUUUAAGUAUUAACUGGAUCUGUCAGUUUACUGAGAGUAAUGUGUGUUGUGUGCAUAUUAACAAUUGUUGCUGUAGCUGACAAACAUAUCACCUACAUGCAUUCUCCACAAGCUGUUAACAGCCACUGUUAGACUUAAUGGUACCCAGCAAGCAGAUCAAACCCAAAGGAAAAUAGGUUUUAUUCUCCUUUUUAUGAAGCAUGUCAACAAGAGUUUUUUCCUUGAUUUUCCUAUGCUACAUUUUAAAGUUUUUGUAAAAACAAGAGACAAAACUUGGAAAACUUAGAAAAAAUUAACACUAUCAAUUCAUCAAAUACUUAAAAGCCUCACUUAAUGCAUUAUGAUAACAGUAACCAAUAAAUUAAAAUCCAUUUCUUUAAUAUAUAGUAAGUUUAACUGCUUUCAUACAUUUGACCUAGUUCUAAGGUAGCAAGGGAAUCGUAAAUUGAAACACUUGUGUGAUGCCAAAGGACUAAACAGUUACUAAAAUGUGACAGCAUGGGGCAGGACACUAGUUUUUCCUCACAGAAUAUUUCUCACAGUCAUUUUCUCAUUAUUUGCUGCAUGAGUCAAACAGCCAUAAUUCACUUUUUGUACACAUUGGUGCCAUAGAGAAUCAAUGUAUAGAAAAUUAAGAGGUUGAUGCCAAUGCCAAUAAAACAUAGGCCUUUUUUUAAUUAUAUAGAUCAUUAGAUACUAAAGAUUGUUUUUCCAAAAAAUUUUCCAAUUAUAAUAAAGAGGGUCAAUCAAAAAUGAGUUUAAACUGCUUUCUAAAGUGAUACAGUGUCAGAAUAAUCCAGAUUUGAAUAUAACAUUUUGUUACCAACUGAUGUUUAGAUAAAGGACUGCUUCACUGAGGAGUUCACAUCAUAUUCAGGGGUGAAUCUAACAGUGGAGAAGAAAUAUUACUAAUAAAAAUAUUUUUCCAUUUUGAACAAAUCUGUAAACUAAACCUGUUUAUAAAAAUUGCCUGUAUUAGCCACUGUAAUA